CGCGCCCACCGUAACGGCCGCGCCGCGCGCCUCUCCCGCCCAUUCCGGCGCGUGCGACGGCUGGGGCGGGGCCUCACCCGGCAGCGCGUCCGAUUCGAACCGCCGCGCCGGAGCGGCAGGAGGGGGCCGGCAUGGCAGGCUCGGGGGCUUUGCUCUGCCAGUGCCCGCUGCUGCUGCCCCAGAACCGGGAGGGGACGGCCUACGAGGGCUUUGUCACCGCGCAGGGUAGAGACUUCCAUAUCAGGAUACUGCUACCUCUGGAUUUUCAGCUGAAAAAUGCAAGGAUAGAGUGUAGCUGGCAAGUAAAGAAGAUACUGCACACAUAUCGACAUAUCUUAAAGCAGAGGUUGCACAGCUGUCCAGAUCUUGUCAGUUUUAUGGUGGAGCUGAAAACUGUUUUGGAAACUGCUCUAAAAAAUACACAAGACCCUCAUAUACCAUGGCCUCCAGAAUACUACUCCUGCCUUGUCAGAGAUAUAGAAAUACUGGGUUGGAAUAAAGUUACAUAUGUGGAUACUGGUCUUACCACAAUCAAGUUAAAAGCUGAAGACUCUAGUGGUCGGCAGCAUCUCAUCACUUUGAAGUUAAAUGCAAAGUAUCCAACAGAGCCACCAGUUUGCCUUGUGGAUUUUCCUGUUCACUUCGCUGUCUCUUGGAUACCACAGAGCUCUUUACUAGACAUAUAUAACCAGUUCCUGGCAGCAUUAGAAGUGCUGAAGGAAUUCUGGGAUGCCAUGGAUGAGAUUGAUGGAAAGACCUGGGUGCUUCAGCCUGAAAACCCUACACGGAGUGCCACAACAAGGAGAAUUGCAAUAGGGAACAACGUCUCGGUGAAUAUAGAGGUAGAUCCUCAGCAUCCAAGCAUGCUCCCUGAGUGUUACUUUCUUGGCGCAGAUCAUGUGGUUAACCCUCUGAGAACUAAGCUGAACAACAAUAUGCACUUAUGGAAUCCAGAAAUCAGUUUGUUACAAAACUUGAAAGACAUCUUAGACAUUGAUUUUCCAUCGCGUGCUGCGUUAGAAAAAAGUGAUUUUACUAAGGACUGUGGAAUCUGCUAUGCCUAUCGACUCAAUGGCGCUACUCCAGAUCAAGUGUGCGAUGAGCCCCGAUGCGGACAACCUUUUCACCAGGCUUGCCUGUAUGAGUGGCUGCAAGGUCUUCCUUCUAGCAGACAGAGUUUUAAUGUUAUCUUUGGUGAAUGUCCCUACUGUAACAAGCCACUAACACUGAAAUCUUCAUUGAAGAAACUCUGAGGAAUGGCCUGUGUGAUGGGAACACUGAAGACAGUGAAACAGCAGCAUCAAAGACAAUACAAGGAAAGUACUAUUAGUAACAGAAGGACAAGUAUAGCUAUACUGUAGUGGUAUGUUUCAUCAGUAAAUGCAAGCCUAAACAGAACAGAUAGAGAAGGACUAGUGAUGUCAGAAACUGUUUCUUGCAGUGAUAGUGGAUGGUCUGUAGUUAAAAGUUGGUCAUGUUUGUUUUUGAGUCCAGAGAAUGUUGCUUGGUGGCCAAAUGGUGGUAAUUCUCUUGCAGUGUCUUUCUGCAGGGGAAAAGAAGGCAAAAGUAACCCUGAUAGUGAAAAAGUGAGUGUGAAUUGGUAACCAAACAGAUGCCAAAGAUGACAUCAAAGUAUUUAUGUUAUCCUAGAGAAAGCAACACAGUUCUUAGUCUUAACUUUGGAAUUUGCAGUAAACUGUCUAUCAAGUGUAUAAUGUUAGUUAUGAUUGCAGACCUUCAAAAGAGACAUGCUCCAUGUUUAUUAAGACAGAUGAAAUUGUACUGUCUUUCUCAUUUCAAAAAAUUGUUUGUACACAUUAAGUCUUUGCAGUACUACUCACAAUAAAGCUUUGGCCUGAUAACCAUAGGCAUUGCUCUGGA